AUGGAUAUGGAUGUGCUUAGUUGGAAUUGUAGAGGGAUCUGCAACGAUACUACAACAAGGGCUUUGAAGGAUCUAAUCUCUCAAAAUCGUCCUCAAAUAGUUUUCCUUUGUGAAACCAAAAUCAGUUUGUUAUCUGAUUUUAAUGCCCUACGUGCUGCGUUGGGUUUUCCUCAUGCUUCUGAAGUAUUGAGUAAUGGCCUAUCUGGUGGUUUGGGGAUGUUUUGGACUGAUGAUGUUCAGGCAACGAUCGGGACAGUGUCUGCGCAUCAUAUGGAUCUCUUUGCAGAUUGCGGCGUUGGAAACCCUCGUUGGAGAUUGACGGGGUUUUAUGGCUAUCCUCGUACAGGUGACCGAGAUCGAUCUUGGCAAUUGUUGAGGGAUCUGAGCGACCUUGAUUCCUUGCCAUGGGUUGUCAUUGGGGAUUUCAAUGAAAUCCUCAAUAGUAGUGAGAAGAUAGAAGGUCCAGUUCAAGCAGAACAACAAAUGCGUGGAUUCCGUGAUGCCCUAGGUUAUGGAGACUUACUUGAUCUAGGGUUUCAGGGACCUCAAUCCACUUGGUGGAAUACAGAAACACAACUUCGUUUAGAUAGAGCAGUCUGCAAGCCGGCUUGGUGUGAUGUUUAUGGCCAUGCUCGCUUGCAACAUCUCCCACCAAGCGAUUCUGACCAUGUUCCAAUCUUAUUACAUGCAAGUACUGCGCCUUUGACUACGAAGAAGUUUCGUCACCGUUUCAAGUUUGAGGCUUAUUGGUUACCGAAUCCUGAAUGUGAUGUAGUGGUGAAUAUAGCUUGGUCUAGGGAUGUUACCGGUUCUCUGAUGUACCAGGUUACACAAAAGAUCAGUUAUACUAGACUGGAGUUGGACAAAUGGCAGAAAAGAGCUUUCAAAGGUAGACAGAUGUAG